UCCGUUCUUAUUCGUCGUUCAAUUCAAUUACUCGCCGACUUUUAGGUACAGGUGGCGAUUGGCCACCGCAGAUGCUACUAAUUCUUGCCGUUGAUCCACGCGCUGGUGACGCCCUUGUUGAUUCUCCGGCACUGUUUUGGCUGUAACUUUGGUUCUUCUGAGUGGAGGGAGCCAUAUACAGAAAUCAAUUUAUGGUGCGUCGAUGAGAAGAACUGAUGUUAUUGGCAGUAGAAGGAGGAGGAUUCUUCUCUGCUUCGGCUUCAGGGUAUAGUAAAGGCCUGAGCCUUCUCCUCUUGGGCCAGAGGAAUGAGGAUAAACCCAUGAGAGUUGCGCCGUGGAACCAGUACCAGUUGGUAGACCAAGAAUCUGACCCAGAGCUCCAGCUGGCGUCCACAAAGAACCGUCUCUCCCGCGGGUGUGCCUCCUUUGUUUGCUUUGGUCGCACUUCCGCAGGGCUUGAUACUCCAUCUCCUCUUAAAGUGGGCCCUGCCCAACACCAAGAUGCCUCACCAGGGCCACUGGUUUCCAACAAGGGAAAGGACCCUUCUGCUCAUGUAGAGGAUGAUCAUGAUAGUAGAAAGGUUAAACUUAAAAGUAGCAUGAAAAGGCCACAAAUUAAUAAACCAGUACAUGUUGAGGCUGCUUAUGAACAUGAAGCAUCAGGUGGAGAGGGGAUUUAUACUCCUGGUAGUCAAGCUGAGAGAAGGAAAGUGCAGUGGACAGAUGCUUGUGGUAGUGAGCUUGUUGAAAUACGAGAAUUUGAGCCCAGUGAAGUGGAUGGAUCAGAUGAUGAAUUUGAUAAUGGAAAUGGCAGAACUUGUUCCUGCGCGAUCAUGUAAAUUUGAGUUUCAUUAAGAUGAUAGGGUCAUUCAACAGGUCAUUCAUUGCUAACACAAUCCAUCACUGGGCUUGGGAAAAAGGAGCAGAGAUUUUUCAGUCCUGGGGGGACUUGUACACCAACAUCUUGCCUGAGUGAUUUUUCAUGUCUAGAAUUGCUUGCUGCGGCUUUAAUUUUUGCUCCUCUGCCCCUCAUCAAUUUGUUGUAUAAUUCUUGUCUUGUGUGAAUUCUUUGACUUUGAUUCAUCAUUUUUAAUGCUACUUUAUGUUCUUAUUUUUGUACGGAUAAACAAAGUUUUAGUGCUAUGUUCUGGCGAUAUCUAGAAGAAAGACGAUACUAAUGCAAGAUUUUGUAAAGAAUCAGUGUUGUCAUGAUGGGGAAGUGAACUUUUGGUGGCAGCUUGAGAACGGAUUUAUGAUAAGAGCAGGAUUUUGGUGAGGUUUAUCUGUUGAUAGUAUAGAGAAAAGCUUAUGUUCCUGUAAUUGCUUGGUCUGUGGGGAAAAUUAGCGUUCAUCCAUCAUGUCUAGGGAUCAAACCUUUUUCCUGCAAUUCGGGGUAUGGAAACCAGUUGUGUCCUAUAUUUCUUGACCGGUUUGUUGCUUUUUUGCGUUCUAAAUAUAA